AUGGAUGCCGAUGGAGGCCUCAAAUAUCUCGAAGAAGCAUUGUGUACACGGCAACAACUCUUGGGGCAAGAUCAUGCAGACGUUGGAGAGUGUUAUACCUGGAUCGGACGACUACAUUGGAGCGUUCGAGAAGAUUAUGAUGAAGCCUUGAUAAAUCUGAAAAAAGCAGUGGAAAUCCAAGAAGCUACUCUUCCAUCUGAUUCUCUUGCUCUGGCUAAGACUUAUAAUAACUUAGGGGCCACAUAUGACUUGCAAGAAGAGUACGACUUGAGUCUGAAUUAUUAUAGGAAAGCACUGAAGAUUCGAGAAAGAAUUUUACCCAGUAAUCACCCAUACAUUGGGGGGAUCUACAAUAAUAUAGGAAAGUUAUACGAAAGUAAGAAGAAUUAUGAAAAAGCAUUAGAGUACUAUGAAAAAUCAAUGGGUAUCAAUCGCAAAAUUUUACCACCUACUCAUGAUGUUUUUAAAAGGACCGAAAAUAAUAUUCGUAAAUUAAAGGAUAAAAUGAAGCAUUAG